CAUUAUAUAAUCGGCGGUUAGGAGCUAUACAUUUUAAAGAUCAGAAAAAAUGGCGGAAACUCCAAACAUUCGAGUUACAAGAUCAUCUUCAAAGGCCCUUGACGGAUCUGGUUCAGGAGCCAGGGUUUCUUCCAGACUACAGACCACGCAGAGUGAACCCAGGUCUGGGUCAACUUCAAGACCAUCAAGGACAGCCAGGUCCACCUCAGCGUCCAAACAACAGAGUAAAACCAGAGCUAAUUCAACCCCCAUAUCACAGAGUGGUGCCGAGUCAGGUUCAACACCCAAGUCACACAUUGACAUCAAGCCAAGUUCACAGACUGAAACAGUGACUAAAACUACAAAGAGCUCAUUAAAGAGAGCACAUUCUCCAGUUACUGAAAAACUCCAGGUGGAAAUAGCUGUUGAAGAUACAGAGUCUGAAGUUGAGGAACCAGAGAAGAAGAGGCGCACCACAACAGGGCACCUCACCAAAAGGCGAUCAAGUUUUGUGAGAGGAAGAAUUAAUAAACCAUUGAGUGCACUUACAUCUGCAGAACUGUGUGUUGGUAUUCCUUCCGAGCUCCCUGGAGAGGAAAGACUAAGUAGAUUAACGAAGGAAUGCCUUGAGUUCACACUGCAGAAGCUGAGUGAAGAGUUUUCAGAUCUGGAUGGAGUACAGCAGUUUGAAGUUCAAGCUCGUGAUGCAGUGGCUGGGGUUAUAUCAAAGUUGGAGACUAGUGGUAAAUUUAGCCGUGCAUGCAACAAAGGCAAAAGAUGUUUACCCAAUCCAGUGAAUAGUGAGAUUGAACAAGCAGCAUCUGAGUAUCAGGGUCACAUUGACAGAUUGCAGGCAGAAGAUGCUACAUGGGCUCAGUUGAUGAAAGAAAGAGAAGAUGCUGCAGCUCAAAUGGAACAACAAGCAAAAGAGAUGGUAUUGUCACCAGAGCAUCCUUCCACACUGUCAAGACAGCAGAAACAGCUUCUAGAUGGAAAACUAAACUUAAAUCACAUGCUUCAGAGCCUGCAGACUUUGGGAGAAAGGACCCAGUUACAGAUAGAUCAACUAAUGAAGACAGCAAAUUAUCAGAAGGAAUUCCAAAAUGUGGCCAAGGCUUUUUACAGAGACCAAGCAAAUAUGUUGGGAACCAAAGCUUUUGAUGGAGUAGAGCAGUUGCAAGAUGCGAGGGUUUUACUGCAGAGUGCUGCCUCAGCUGCAACACCAAAAUUGUGAACUGUAACAGAUAAACUUUAGAAAGAGAUGGAAUGUUAUCCUUGCUAUGGUGGCUUUUAUAACAAAAGGAGAUCAGCAGUAUGCAGCUAUAUGGACAGGGC